AUGGAGGUCUCCUCCACUGUGCUUUUUGCCCCGGCAGACACAGUGAACGUGCCCAGCAUCCGAGGGGCUGUGCGGGCUGUGGGGUCUCAUCUGAAGAACCAGGGCUUGAACCUGCUCAUCAACAAUGCGGGCAUCAGCUCGCACGCCACGCUGCGCUCCCUGGAUUCACAGGAGAUGCUCUCCGUGUUUGCCACCAACGUGGUUGGGCCACUCCAGGUUACCAAGAAGGCAGUGAAAGACGCGGGGAAGGAGGGGCUGAGCUGCAGCAGGGCUGCGGUCAUCAACGUCUCCACCAAACUGGGCUCCAUCGGGCUGUGCCUGGGGGUGCCGGAGGCGCCCAUGUACCCGUACCGUGCCAGCAAGGCUGCCCAGAACAUGGUGACGAGGUGCAUGGCUGCGGAGCUCCGAGACAAGGGGAUCUUGUGCACGGCCAUCCAUCCCGGCUGGGUGAAGACCGACAUGGGGACGGAGAAGGCGCCCCUGACGGUGGAGCACAGCGUGCGGGGUAUCCUGACCGUGCUGGCCAGCCUCUCGCAGGACACCUCCGGCGCCUUCCUCGACUGGGAAGGGAACAGCCUGCCCUGGUGA